AUGGAAAAGUGUCGUCGCCGCGACCUGGACUCUGAUCCGGACUCGGUUGGAGUUGGAGUUGGAGCAAGGAACAGAGGCAGGGGCAGAGGCAGAGUCCUGGGCAUUGGCCAUUCGCACGUCUGUCGGUUUAUGCAACAUUUUAGCAAUUAUAUUCGCGUCGGGCGACAUUACAACGGCAAUUACACGCAGGAGCCGCAGAACAUGCCCGUGGGCGGAUGGCCACGGAGUUUGUGGAUGUGGGGUGGUGUGUGUGUGGGUCUGUGUGUGCCACUUCGCUGGCAUUCCGGCUUACUGUCAUUUUGGCAUUUUGGCAUUCCGGCAGCCCUGUCAUCGUCACGUGGAGCGGCAACGUGA